AUGCCUCCCGUCAGCACCGGCCAUGCAGUGGGCCCUUCAACCUCCGACAAGCUCAAGAUGGGCGCCAUGAUGGGUGGCACUGUGGGUGUAAUCAUUGGAUUUAUCUACGGAACCGUCAACAUCUUCCGGUACGGCGCCGGCGUAAACGGCAUAAUGCGGACUCUGGGCCAAUAUAUGGCGGCGUCCGGGGCGACUUUUGGAUUCUUCAUGUCUAUCGGCAGCGUCAUUCGUAGCGACUCCUCUCCGAUUGUGCAAGAAGCCUACGCAAAUGCUCGUCGGCGGCCAUGGAUAAUGGCUGCUGAGACAGCCUAUCGGCCACGGCCAAACCGUACGGACUAG